UUAGCACAAAGAAGAACACGUGUAGUAGGCGGAAGGCGCUGAACCACAACUCGCAACUUUGAGCCUUUGUUAUCUGAAUGCUUUGUCGUUUCCCUGGAAGAUCCGCAGCUUCCAGUAAGACGCAGCCGUAACUAAAUAAUCAACGUGCAUUCCUACGCGUCUCUUUGCGACCUAAGCGCCAUUUUGUCGUCUUUUCGCGAGGAGAAGUGCUGUUAGCCGACUUGCUAACUUCCGUACAUUAGCGAGUUUGUUGCGAUCAUGUCCGGCGUCAUCCGUGGACCCGCGGGGAGCAACGACUGCCGUAUCUACGUGGGGAAUCUCCCGCCAGACAUCCGCUCAAAAGACGUCGAAGACCUGUUCUACAAAUAUGGGGCGAUCCGUGAUAUCGAUCUGAAGAACCGGAGAGGAGGACCACCGUUCGCCUUCGUGCAGUUCGAGGACCCGAGGGAUGCUGAGGAUGCUGUUCAUGGGCGUGAUGGUUAUGACUACGAUGGAUACCGCCUGCGUGUUGAGUUUCCAAGAGGAGGGAGGGGAGGCGGUGGUGGUGGGGGCGGCGGAGAAGGAGGAGGAAGGGGAGGAGGAGGUGGUGGUGGUGGGGGUGGUGGUGGUGGUAGUGGAGGCAUGGGACCCCCGAGGGGAAGGUACGGUCCCCCGUCCCGACGCUCUGAGCACAGGGUUAUUGUGUCAGGUCUUCCCCCCAGUGGAAGCUGGCAGGACCUGAAGGAUCACAUGCGAGAGGCAGGUGACGUAUGUUAUGCUGAUGUUUACCGUGAUGGCACCGGCGUAGUGGAGUUUGUGCGGAAAGAAGACAUGGUCUACGCUCUCCGUAAUUUGGAUAACACCAAGUUUCGUUCUCAUGAGGGAGAGACGGCCUACAUUGGGGUGAAGGAGGACGGUCCUCGCAGUCCCAGCUACGGGCGUUCGCGCUCUCGUAGCCGCAGUCGAAGCCGGAGCAAGAGCGGCUCACGCGGCUACUCCCCCCGUCGCAACAGGGCAUCUCCACGUUACUCUCCCCGUCGGUCCCGCUCCCGUUCUCGCUCUCGCACCUAGACUCACCUGACCGUAACCAAAGUAAUGGUGUACCUCGGAGCUGGAGAGGAAAUCUUCACAUCAAAUUACAGAUCAUGUUUGGACUGGGCUCAUGUCUCCCCAUUCCGGAGCUGGAUCAGGAUUCAGGAUCAGAUCAGGAUUAGGAUUAGGCUUCGGGAUGGAUACAUGGAGCAGGAGCAUGGGAGCAUUUUGCAGGGAGAGGAUCCCGACCCCUGGCCCUGUCCACAUAAACGCACAAACCGGAAUCAUAGUCGGCUAUUCGAAGUAAAUUGGCUUUCAAAUUAUCCAAAUAAUUUUUUCCAAUUUCCUUUUGGACCUCAAAGACACAAUUACCGACGGCGACAUGACGAGCGAAUUAUUUUUUCGGAUUUUUAAAAAGUGAAUUAAUAAGAGCAAAGCUUGGAUCAAAACCAAGAAGCGGGCUGGGAAGUGCAGGAUGGAUCAAGACGCAUAAGAAGUGGUAACUAGUGGGCAACCAUUAACAUCGGUGGAGGGAGGGAAGAGGGAGGCGACAAGGGAUUGUGACCUUAACGUGGUUUGUAUCUUUUUCUUAAGUCAGUCUUUCCAGAGAAGGAUGAUUUCUGGUUUAUUUUCUUAGGUAUGAUCUUCAGUAUCUCAAAGCUUUAUUCUCUUUUAAUAAAAGUUUCGAUAACACAAGUAAAUGUUAGUGUUUUUCUUGUUCAGUAUUUUGGAUGCCUCAAAGGGCUUUACACAAAAGCCUACAAAAUCUGUAUGCAUGACAUGCAAUUGUGUUUUUACAUUUUGCAAUAAUGUGUCAGUAUUUAGGUCAUUUAGGAAAAUGUAUUUUGAUUUUAGUAUUAAAUAUCUUUACAAAACUCA